UGGCAGGUGUAUUACCCGGAAGCGGCGGUAGGUACCGGGGUGAGGGGCCAUGGGAGCCGUGAGGCAGGAGGUUCGGUACCAGAGGCUGCGGGACUCGGAGGCGGAGGAGCCGGAGGGACAGGUGUCUGUCCGAGUGUUCAGGAACUCCUCCCCCCAUGGGCGGGGCAGAGAGACCUGCCUGCGAGUGCUCGCCUCCAUGCUCCUCCUAGUGGUGGCCGUGGGAUUUGUCCUGUAUGAAGUGCAGUUUAGCAGCGCGGGGCAGCCCCGGGGGCAGAAUGGGUUACUGGGGAGCUCGGAGCAGACUGGGAACGAAAAAGAGUUUUUGGACUCAGAUCAUGAAGAGGAAGAGGAGGAGGAAGGAGAUGAGAGUCACCACCACAGCCACCAACAUGGGCCUGAUGGGCACUCCGACUCCUCCUCUGCUGGGCACCACCAUGCCACUGGCACCUACCAUCAUGGCAUCGCUGUGACUGACUCUGACGCCUGUUCGCAGAUCGGGAAAGACAUCCUGCAAGAUGGCGGCACAGUGGUCGAUGCUGGAAUUGCUUCAGUUUUGUGUUUGGCAGUUACUCACCCGCACAGCACUUCCCUGGGGGGCGUAUUCUCCUGCAUUGUGUAUAAUGGCAGCACCAGUAGUGCCAGCCUGCUGAACGCUCUGCCACGUGAGCCCUCCCCCACUCCGUUUGGGAUUCCCAUGAUGCUCCACGGUCUCCGCCUACUGCACCAGAAUUACGGCCACAAGCCAUGGGCGGAGCUUCUGCGUCCGGCCAUCAACCUUGCGAAUGAGGGGUUCCGUGUGGACGACCCACUGGGCCGCGCCUUGCAGAACAAUCGGCAGUUCAUCUCCUCCUCUGAGGGACUCUGCAAGCUCUUCUGCCAGAACAAUAACCCCACUGGGGGGCUGAAAGGAGUGGGGGAGACAGUGACCAACCCUCCCCUGGGGGCCUUCCUGGAGCAGCUCUCUACUCUCUAUACGGACUCCUUUGUGACGGGCCGACUGGCCCAGAGCCUCCCUGCCGAUACCGACUCCGCCAUAAGGGACAAGUUCACAGCCGCUAUCUCCCAGAAUCGCCCUGAUAUUGAGGCCCCCCUGACUCUACGUGUAGAAGAGCUUACACUUUAUACAUCCAGUGGCCAAACUGCUGGGUCGAUUCUGUCCAACUUUAUGCAGAAACUCAGUGAGAACUCCAGUUCCGACUCUUUGCUGCUUCCAUGGAUGGGCCGGAGGGCCGCCCCUGUAGGGACCAAUGUGAUGGUAGCGCGCUCCUCUGGGGACCUCUUGGUACUGUCUCUCUCCCUCAACAGCUCAUUUGGCUCAGGAUUUGUCUCUCCCAUCACAGGGAUCCUCCUCAGCGACUUUACCCAACAUGGCGAUGUCUCGCACCCCGACUUCUGGGCCUGCCCAGCGGUGCUGUCUGUAGGGGCAGAUGGGGAUGUAAUGGGCUUGGCAGCCACUGGGGGGAGCUCUGUUCCUUCCUCUCUGGCUCAGGUUAUCUUAAACCACCUGUUCCUUCAAAUGAAUCUGACCGAGUCAGUCCGGGAAUCACUGGCCCAUGAACAUUCCCCUGUGGGGGUAACGCAGCCGGAGACCCCUAGGGGCACAAACCCACCGGAGACCCCUAGGGACACAAACCCACCGGAGACCACUAGGGACACAAACCCACCGGAGACCCCUAGGGGCACAAACCCACCGACGGCUGUGGCUGUAGCAGUAGAAGCGGAACAUAUUCACGUUGCCAGAUCUUCGGGCCUUUGCUGUUUUCACGAGGGUUUGUAGGAAGGUCCCCCCUGUGUCGGAUACAAUAGACUGUUCCACAUAUAUUGCCCAUAAUGCCCCCUGAUGGGUAGAAUUAGAUGGACUGUGUGAUGCCAGAGGGGCCGCUGGAACUGGCAUAGACUUUAUUAGGCCAGCGGGGGGCGCUGUUAUGUGUUUGGCCUACUGUGACCUGUUCAACAGCUUCAUCACAGCACAGAAUAAUAAUAUAUUGUUUUUUAUAAUUAUG